GUGUUCGGAGUGACCUCCGUGGUGUCCGUCCUGGCCUACCUCUGGAUCUGGGUGGUCCUGGAAGGCACGUCGCCGCAGCAGGUGGACCUGCUCGAGGGCAUGCUCACCCUGGCGAUGCUCGGGGUGCUCGUCGUCGCCGCUUUCCUCGUGGACAAGGGCUGGCUGUGGCACGCCUGUGCGCGGGCGCGGCCGGCGGUGGCGGAGGUCUUCGGGCCCGCCGGCGUCGAGGACGAGCCUGGACAGGCCCAGGCUGGCCAGUUGCCGUGGGCUGCCCAGAAGUCCGCAGGCCGAGGCCGAUCCCGACCAGCUGCGGCGGUGGACCUUGGUGAGGGCGAGUGUUGCGGCUGCGUUGACGGUGAUCAGUGCAGUACCGGUCGUGGUAUGGUGCUUGCGGUGGCCAUGCAGGGAGUGUGA